AUGAGUAGCCCAAUAGCUUCGGGCAGCGUCUCGCCAACCCAGAAUUCAAAAGCAGAAUGUCUGGGUGCAGAAAUAUCCAGCAUAAACAAAAGCUUAUGGGAUAUGUUUACCGCUGCUGCCGAGAAACAUCCGAACGAAGAAGCUGUCUGUUCGCUGUGGCAGCCUUCAGACCACCUUAGUUCACGAUUUGAAUUUGAACAAGUAACUGCUGUGUCACAGACAGUAUCAGUGAUCAAUGACGACGAGGUUGAAACACUUACACCUGAAUCAUCUUCAGCACCACUGAGAUGGACUUAUUCUCAGCUCCAUCAUAAGGCGGAAACACUGGCAGUUUGGUUAAGUUUUGGUUAUUUUGGACCCAAAUACAUUGCAUCUCCGAUUCUUGAAAACCUCGAUGGCGUGAAAGUCAAGAUAUCCCUGUCAAAUAUCCCAGAUGAAAGUAUGAAUUGGCAUUCGUUGCCUGAAGUAAUGAGCAGCUUACCGAAAGAAAGCAGCUCAUUUGUCCCUUCAGAGGAUGUUUCUGUGGUGCCCGGUGAAGAACUUGCAAUGAUUCUCUUCACUAGCGGAACAACUUCAUUGCCCAAGGGAUGUCCUCAUACCGCCUCAAACAUCUGGUCCGCAACACAUGACUACGAUCCUGUUGCCCCCAAAGAUGGCCGACAGCACAAAUGGCUCAUUCACACGCCCGUUUGGCACAUAUUUGCGGUGGGCCAAACCAUACGAGGUUGGAGAGAUGGACGCUCCGUGAUAUUCCCUGCCGACAAAUUUGACGUGGUUGCCUCAUUACGAGCCCUUCAGCAAGAGAAUAUUACUCACAUUGGAGCUGUGCCCCUAUUAGCGAAAGCACUUGUGGCACACCCAAAAUUCCCUGGCAAAGAUUCGAUAUCUCUACUUUAUGUAAGCAUGGGAGGAACUUUGAUCAAAGACGAAGACGUUCGAUUCUGUAAAGAGAAUCUUGGUAGCGAGGCAGUCAUACAAGGAUUUGGUAUGACGGAAGGUUCUCCUAUGGUAAGCUGGAGGCGCAGCGACCCGUUGCUCAAGAAUGGCCACCAUAUCGGAGUUGGAAAAGUUCUGCCUGAACUGUUUUAUCUUGAUGAUGUCGGGAAGUGGUUCAUUACUGGCGAUCAAGCUCUGAUAGACGGAGAUGGUAUUCUCUACAUUAAUGGUCGUUAUAAGGAUAUCAUCAUUCGUGGAGGAGAAAAUUUGGUUCCGUCGAAAAUAGAACAUUGCCUCCAAGACCUUGGCGUAAUUGCUCAAGUAGUUGGAAUCGAGGAUACCAUCGCCGGUGAGGUACCAGUCGCGGUCCUACAGACAUCUCCCAAAGAUAUCACCAAAUCGAGCAUGACUAAGGCCGUAGUUGAAAGGUUGGGUCCAAUAUAUGCACCAUAUUCAAUUGUGACAUUAGAAGAUCUUCAACUGAAGAUGUUUCCGAUGACAGCGACGGGAAAGGUUCGCAAGCUCGUGUUGAAAGAUAUUGUCAAUAAGUAUUUUGCUACAAUUUCAGAGGCUAGAGAAAUAUCCCCGAACGAGCAAAUAACAAGCCAAUUGCGUGAAAUAUGGGUUGAACUCAUGAACACUGUGCCAGAAGACAUCCCAAUCACACAUUCUGUGACAGAAUUCGCCGAUAGCAUCACAGGGUUGAGAUUCUGUAAGCUUUUAUGGAGCAGAUUUGGUCAGAGACUUUACUUGCCAGACCUAGAAAGAAACAAGACCAUUGAGCAGCAAGCAGUGCUUCUGGUUGAACGUAUCUUCCACGGAAAUUCAUCCACCAAACUUUCAGACAAUAUGUCUGGAAGCGAGAGGGAAAGCAGUUUGAUAGCAUCUAGUCAAUCUUCUUGGGAAGCAUCACAUUCGGAGUAUGGAGGAGAUGAUCUCCAAUACCAGGAAGGGUUGGCUAAGUCCGCGAAUGCAGUCAUGCACAAAUUCGGCUUGACAUGGGAGAACGACGUCGAAGAUAUUUUGACCAUCAAAGACACGUUCCAGGAGUUUGCGAAAGGGCAAAGACCACAAUCAUAUCGUCACAGAAUAGCCUUCAAGGUCAACAAUCACGAUCCUGGUCAGGUUCGCGCAGCAUUGGAGAGGUCUCUUCUGAACCGGCCAGUUUUGCGCACAGUCUUAAUUAUAGUUCCAGGUGCGGCAGCUGUUCAUGCAGUUCUCCGCCCAUCCCGAGCUGUCUACGACAUUCUCAUCACGCAAGAAAGUUUUUCUCACGAGUCAGAGGUACAAGAAUCCCUUGUUGAUGAUUUCGACGAAGGAUAUGAAUCUCGGAUGCUCAGAGCAAUAAUUGCAGAUGUUGGGGGGAAAAGUACCGCAUUGAUCAUAACUUUGAAUCAUUCCGUCUUUGAUGCCUUGUUCGCAUAUGCCUGGUAUAGUGAUCUUGACAUGUUUAUCCAAAAUCCAGAGGCCAUAUCUACACCUAAUACGCCCUUCAAACUGUUCGCCAAUGUGUAUCAGCAGUACCAAGAUAGUUCGCUCGCACUAUCAGAUAUCAACUUCCACAUCAGGAGGCUUCGAGGUAUUUCAAGAUUCACCUACGCAUUAUGGCCAUCGAAACGAGCUCCUGGCUGGAUGAUUGGGAACGAUAAAGGGUCGAAGAAUUUCGUCGCGCGGGAUAGCAUAAGGAAUAAGCUCAACUCGAUCCCACAGCCACGUCCCAGACUUGCGCGAAUACAAGAUUUCCCUAAUAUGGAGCGCAUCCGAUCUCAGUACUCGGUUCAAGCAUCAGUCAUUGUUAAAACUGCAAUUUCUCUUUUCAACGUUAUACAAACAGGGCAGCAAUAUGCAAUGUUCAAGAACUUCGACGCAGGUCGCAGAUGGCCAUUUCUCCCCGAGUGGAUCGCAGAUCGUCUGCCUUCUGCCAUGAGCAUCGACGGCCCCACUUUGACUUGGACUAUGAACAUGAUACAAAUCAAGCCAAAAGAAACGUGUGGUGAGUUGUUGACAAGAAUGAGCCAAGAUCAGGAAGCACUAAGUUCUCACGCUCAUGCACCAUGGCAUAAGAUCCUUAGUGGGCUAGGCGAGGACGAGGGACCGAUCGUAAAAGAGGCUGCGAUGCGACAAGUAUUCAACUGGGAUUGGCUUCUUUUGGAAUUGUGGUAUGUCGAACAAGGAACGCUUCUGCUGUGUCGUAUCCUGGGACGAGACGCAAUUAGAUACCAACGAAGUCAAUGGCUACGUGAGCAAAUUGCUUGA